AUGAAUCAGACAUUCAUCGCCUGUUUCUUCUCACCUCGCACGCGAACGCGCGCGCGGGCGAACGCGGAGGCGAUCGCGCGCGCGGCGAUGGACGUGACGCACGUUGAGCGAACGCGCGCGGUCGCGAGGGCGCUCGUGGCGGACGUCGGGCGCAUGGCGCGGGCGCUUCGCGCGCGCGGCGCCGCGACGCGGGACGCGGGACGACGCGCGACGACGGAGGCGUACGGGCAUCACUGUUAUCUCGACGCGUCGACGAUCGGUGCGGCGGCGGGGACUGGGGUGUUCGUUCGAGGGAACGUGGGCGCGGGACGGGUGGUGGCGACGUAUCCGGGGUUGACGUACGUCGGCUCGGCGGUUCGGUACAUGAAGGGAUACCCGCGCGUGGGGGUGAAUAACGAGUACCUGAUGGCGAGGAGCGAUGGAUGCGUGAUCGAUGGGAAGCCGUGGGGACGCGGGAGCGACGAGGGCGACGGGUUCGGCGAUUGGCCGGGAUCGCCGGUGAAGCUCACGGAGGAGGAGGAGAGAGAGGCGGAUGGCGGAAGUUUCUUCACGCGAUUACUCCGACCGAGGCUGCCGAGAGAACGCAGAGAGCGUUUACUCGCGGAGUGCAUGUCGUUAGAGCGAGAUAAUCCAUACGCGUGCGCGCACUUUGCGAACCAUCCGCCGGAGGGAACGUCGCCAAACGUCAUCGUGGCGACUGUCGACAUUCCGUCAGAUCCGGAUACGCGACGUUAUGUGCCUAAUGUAAACAUCGAGCCCGACGACGGGGACAAGAGUAGUGAGAGUGUGUGGAGUAUCAUUCGUGACGGCGAACGCACGAUUGGUGAGCGCGUACGUGACGUUUCCGCAUCGUUAUUCGGGGAAGAUGCCGAUAAGCCAAAAGCAAAAUCUACCGAGCCGACAUCCGGCGACGGAUCGAUCCGGACCUUAGUUCUCGUCGCCACCCGAGAUAUCGAAGACGGUGAAGAGAUCUUUUUAAAUUAUAGACUCUCCACCCACGUGACGCCACCGUCGUGGUACACGCGCGUCGACCCCGAGGAGGACGACAGACGCUGGGCGUGA